GGGUCACGUGUUUUAGCCGCCUCCUCUGGCCGUGUUCUACCAGGAAGCGGAAGUGUAAGCGGGAGUAGCGCAGCGGCUGAGAGCAGCCAAGUCACAACCGGGAAAGAGAACUGAAACCGGGUUAGGCCGCUUUUAUUCAUUCGCUUUCUCAUGAUAGGAUGCAACAUGGCGGCAGCAAUGGAGACUGAACAAGUUGGGGUAGAAAUAUUUGAGUCUGCAAGAAGCCAUGGAAGCACAGAUUCCACUGGGGGGGACCCCAAACCAGAGCCUUUCUUUGUUGAACGUCAUUCCUGGAGCCAGAUGCGCAAACUGCUGGCAGACACUAGGAAAUAUCAUGGGUACAUGAUGGCUAAGGCACCCCAUAGCUUCACAUUUGUUAAAAGGAAUGAUCCUGAGAGUCCUCAUUCUGAUCGCAUGUACUACCUGGCAAUGUCUGGAGAAAACCGGGAGAAUACCCUUUUCUACUCAGAAAUUCCAAAGAACAUCAACAGGGGAGCUGUGCUUAUGCUGUCUUGGAAACCUCUUCUUGACACUUUCCAGGCAACCCCAGAUUAUGGCAUGUAUUCCCGUGAGGAAGAGCUGCUUCGAGAGAGAAAGCGCAUUGGUACAGUGGGAAUCUCUGCCUUUGACUACCACGCAGAAAGUGGGACCUUCUUGUUUCAGGCUGGAAGUGCCAUUUAUACUGUUCGAGAUGGUGGUUCCCAUGGUUUUACUAAACAGCCACUGCAGCCUCAGUUAUUAGAAACCAGUUGCCCAAACAUCCGCAUGGAUCCCACCAUUUGUCCUGCAGACCCCAGCUGGAUGGCCUUUGUUCACAGCAAUGACCUUUGGAUAGGCAACAUGGAGACUGGGGACGAGCGCAGGUUGACUUUUGUACACAAAGACUUGGCUGGUGUUGAGGAGGAUGCCCAUUCUGCUGGUGUUGCAAGUUUUGUGCUUCAGGAGGAAUUUGAUCGUUACACUGGUUACUGGUGGUGUCCCCGUAAUGAAAAAACUGCAUCUGGUGGUCAAAUUUUGCGCAUCCUCUACGAGGAGAAUGAUGAAUCAGAGGUAGAGAUCAUCCAUGUCACAUCACCUAUGCUGGAGACUCGUAAAACAGACUCCUUCCGUUACCCAAAAGCAGGGACUGCAAACCCAAAAGUCACAUUCAAGCUGUCUGAGAUCAUUGUAGAUUCUGAAGGCAGGAUCCUAGAUAUGGAAGAUAAGGAACUUCGACAGCCAUUUGAGAUAAUGUUUGCAGGAACGGAGUAUAUAGCCAGAGCUGGAUGGACUCCUGAUGGGAAAUAUGCAUGGGCCAUUCUACUUGAUCGACUGCAGACCCGACUACAGAUUGUACUUAUCCCUCCUGCAUUGUUUAUCUCUCCACACAAAGACCCUCCAGAGCGACACUGCAUUUCAAAUUCACUGCUUGACUCUGUGACACCUCUUGUGAUAUAUGAAGAGACAACAGACAUCUGGAUUAAUAUACAUGACAUCUUACACUUCUUUCCCCAAACCCGAGAUGAUGAAAUACAGUUUCUCUUUGCCUCAGAGUGUAAGACAGGGUUCCGCCAUCUUUAUCGAAUAACCAGCUUGUUGAGAACAGGUGGCACCAGUAAGGGGAGUGCUGAUCUGCUUGGGUUCAGUGAUUAUCGGUGCACCAUAAAGGAAGAGGUAGCUGUUACAAGUGGAGAAUGGGAAGUUCUGGGACGUCAUGGAUCGUCUAUACGAGUGGAUGAGGUCAACAAGCUGGUAUAUUUUGAAGGGACAAAGGACACACCACUAGAGCACCAUUUAUAUGUUGCAAAUUAUGAGACACCUGGUGAAGUGACAAGACUGACAGAUCUUGGAUUCUCUCAUGCUUGCUCUGUUAGCCAGCACUGCGACAUGUUCAUCAGCAGAUACAGCAGCCAGACACUGCCACACUCUGUACACCUCUUCCAUUUGACAGGGUCUGGUUCAGAUCCAGCUCAGAAGGACAAGGAAUUUUGGGCUACGCAUCUGGAAUCACCAGGAACACUGCCUGGAUACAUUGCCCCAGAAAUAUUCUCCUUCCCAAGCCGGACGGGGUUCACCUUGUAUGGAAUGAUGUACCGACCUCAUCAGCUACAACCAGGGAAGAAAUAUCCAACUGUACUAUUCAUUUAUGGGGGCCCACAGGUGCAGCUGGUCAACAAUCGAUUUAAGGGAUUAAAAUAUUUCCGACUAAACACGCUUGCAUCGUUGGGCUAUGUGGUGGUAGUCAUUGAUAAUCGGGGUUCCUGUCAUCGUGGGCUGAAGUUUGAAGGAGCCUUCAAAUACAAGAUGGGUCAGGUGGAGAUUGAUGAUCAAGUGGAGGGUUUGCAAUACCUUGCUGCCAAACACAGCUUUAUCGAUUUGGACCGAGUAGGUGUCCAUGGAUGGUCGUAUGGAGGGUAUUUAUCUCUCAUGGCCCUAGUACAGCGACCUGAUAUAUUUAGGGUGGCUAUUGCAGGAGCUCCUGUUACACUCUGGAUUUUCUAUGACACUGGAUAUACAGAGAGGUACAUGGGUCAUCCAGACCAGAAUGAACAUGGCUACUAUCUGGGCUCAGUGGCAAUGCAGGCAGAGAAGUUUCCAUCUGAGCCCAACCGUCUGCUGCUUUUACAUGGCUUUCUAGAUGAGAAUGUGCACUUUGCACACACAAGUAUCCUUCUCAGCUUCUUAGUACGUAGUGGAAAACCAUAUGAUCUUCAGAUAUACCCGCAAGAGCGUCACAGUAUCCGUGUACCUGAAUCAGGAGAGCAUUAUGAGCUCCACUUCCUGUAUUAUCUGCAGGAAAACCUGGGCUCUCAUAUAGCAGUCACCAAAUCUUUUGGUCAUCCACAAGCUUUAUGAGAGGCUCUCGUGUGAUACUAUGGUAAAUGAGAGAGACUCAUGGUUAGCCAUGGUUUCUAAUAAACUGAACCUCAUGCACCAAUCACAAUGCCUGCUUUGCUCUACACCUCCCUGUAAACUGUCUCUGCCUGGGUUCCACCUCAGAGGUGGCUGCGCAUGUCCCUCUGUAUCUUAAAGCACUUUAAAAAGCAAAAGGUGCUGCAUUCAUUACUUGAACAUUUUAUCAGUUUGUUUGCAGUUUAAUUUAUCAAUGAAAUAUCCUGUCUUUGACACCUCACUACAGGUCUUUUGGGGUUGGGGUAAUCCAGAAUAUAACCUGAAAUUCAUGAAACUUUCUGGGUUAUCACAAGAACUUUACAGGGUGCUUAUUUGACUUUUUCUUCACUUUUUGUUAACAAGGGUGUUCAGGCACUUAUUAUAUCACAUACUAUAUUUUCACUGUAAUAUAACAUUAUAUCUAAUAUAAACACUUCAAUUUCUUCACAGGAAAGAAGUUCCACUCUAAAUUAUGAUCUGUCAGAGAGGCUGCAUUGUUAGGAUUCAUUGUUGGCCCCUUCUUGUAUCUUCUAUUGGAACACCACCAGCCUCCCCUCUUCUGCAAUGGAGGGACAUCAAGACCAUUGAAUCUGAAUGCUCUGCAGCCUCUCUUCCAGGUAUCUGUAAAUGUGCAUAUCAUGAUUCUGGAACUUAGGUGCUGCCUUUUCCUGAUGCAGAAGAAACGAAUGAUAUACAGAUAUUGCAGCGACUCCCAUCCAGUGAAAUCAUCCUGUACUUUCCACCUUCAACUCUGAAGUCAUCCUCCGUAGGGUCUUGUUACUGCUGCUGUAUUAAAGUGUCUGUCGUGGUGAGAAAGGCAAAACAUUGCAUCCCUUAUCAUGGACCUCGAAAGGUUGUCUCUGUCUUGACCUCUAAUGACAGACUUAAGUCCUUGGUAAUACGCAAUGAAUUCAAACAAGCAAUUCCUGAAUUGAGCUGCUGACUGGUAUACACUUAAAUUAUUUUGGACAUUGUUCGUAUGUUGUUGUCAAACACCUGUAGUUUAAGAAAAUUUGUGAUUUUUUUUUUUUUUUUUUUGCCUUAUCCCAAUCCUGCUUUAGUGGUUUGCCAUGCAGGGCAAUAUUCACAGAUUAUUUUGCCCGCCUUUUGGGACUUGCCUCCUUUACAAUUUCACCAUUAGUUGACUGGAUAUAAUGUCAAUGCCAUCAAUUGUUUUAAAAAGAAUCUGUCCUCAUUAUCCAGAUUUUAUUUUAGUUAUCAGACAUAUAUACAUCUUGCCACUGUUUUCACACUGACAAUUUAAAGGUGCCAUAUUCUGCGCUGUUUGAAAAUAGAGAUGCUUUAGUCUUUACAAAAAAUAGAAAAAAAAAACACUUUUAUCCUGUC